GCAAUGGGACAAACUGGAGCACAGGAGGUUGAACCUGAAUCAGAGAAAAUACUUCUUGGCUGCGAAGGUACCAGAGCCCUGGGCCAGGCUGCCCAGGGAGGCUGUGGAGUCUCCAUCCCUGGAGACAUUCCAGACUGAUCAUGUUCCUGUGGGAUCUGCUCCGGGGGAUCCUGCUCUGGCAGGGGUAGGACUGGAUGAUCUCCAGAGGUCCCUUCCAACCCCCCACUCUGGGAUCCUGUGAAUCCCUCCCAGUUGCUGACGCCGUUUCCCGGGGCCGCAGCCGGGAGCUCCCCGGCCGCAUCCUGCCCGUCCUUGGGCAUCCGGGUUUCCAAAAGCAGAGGGAGAAUUUCCCUGGCCUCAGUGACCUCCUGAGGCCAACGCUGGAGCUGAGAAUGGAGCUGGUGAGCAGACAGGACCCCCACCUGCGAGAGGUGCUGCGGUUUGGGAUGUGCUGCAGAGCCCUGACACUUCUGCUGCAGGCCCUGUUUAACCUCCUGAUCCCAGACCACGCUGCAGAUGCCUUCUCUCCCCCUCGCCUGCCGGAUCCUGGCCCGUGGGACCUGCUGGUGGAGCAGCUGCUGGGCGGGCUGUCCCGCUGGGACGCCGAGCACUUCCUCUUCAUCGCCGAGCGCGGUUACCUGUAUGAGCACAACUGUGCCUUCCUCCCCCUCUACCCCCUCAGCCUCCUCACCACGGCCUGGGUUGCCCUCUGGCCCUUCCAGCACCUGCUGCGCCUGCGGAGCCGCCUCCUGCUCUCAGCCCUGCUCCUCAAUUCCCUCUUUUCCCUCCUGGCAGCCGCUGCCCUGUUCCAGCUGGGCUGCUCCGUGCUGCGCUGUCGCCGGGCGGCUUUCCUUGCUGCCCUUCUCUUCUCCAUCAACCCUGCCAAUGUUUUCAUGGCAGCUGCUUACUCAGAGAGCAUGUUUGCCUUCCUGGUGUUCACUGCCAUGUGGCAACUGGAGAAGGGGCAGAGCUGGCUCAGUGGAUUGCUCUUCUCCCUGGCUUCUGGGGCACGUGCCAACGGGAUAACGAACGCUGGCUUCUUUCUCUACUCCGGCAGCAAACGCUUUGCCCUCCAGCUCCAGGUGGGUUCAGGAUCCCUAAGGAAGCUCCCUCUGGUGUGGAAGCAGCUCCUGAGCGUGGCAUCUUCAGCCCUUCUGAUGUGUGCUGGGAUUUUCCUGCCUUUUGCUUUAUUCCAGUAUUAUGCCUACGUGAGGUUCUGUGAUCCCAGCUUGGAGGAGCCUGUUCCCGAGCCGCUGCUGCGGCUGGCUCUGGACAAGGGCUAUCGACUGCCAUCCACCCAGGGGACUCACCCUCCUUGGUGCUCCCAGAGGUUCCCUGUGGUCUAUUCCUAUAUUCAAGACACUUACUGGAAUGUGGGCUUUCUCAGAUAUUUUGAGCUCAGACAGAUCCCAAAUUUCUUGCUUGCUUUUCCUGUCACGUUUCUGGGCUCCUGGGCUGCCUGGACCUUUGUCAUCGCAAACCCCCGGCACUGCCUGACCCUUGGUCUAGAGAGAAGAAAGAGUGAAGAGGAAGGCAAACCAAGAGCUGGAUUUUGCUGCCCUGCUGUCUUUGUGUACGUGGUCCAUGCCACUGUCCUGCUGGUGUUUGGAUUCUUCUGCAUGCACGUGCAGGUGCUGACCCGCUUCCUUGGCUCCUCCUCUCCUGUCCUGUACUGGUUCUGUGCUCACCUGCUCCAGGAGCACGAACCUUUGCUCUGGAAUGAAGGGACUGAUGGUCAAACCACAGUGCCCUGCACCAAGAAACCCGGACAAUCUCCUGCUUCCUGCAGGGAAGGGCCUUCUGGAAACCCUCUCAUGAAGCUGCUGCUGGGCUGGAGAUCCAUCACCCCCCUCAGCAAGUGUGUCCUGGGAUUCUUCCUGUCCUACUGGCUGCUGGGCCUGGUUCUGCAUUGCAACUUCCUGCCGUGGACGUAGGGCGGGGUGUUCAUGGGACCACAGACUGGUUUGGGUUGGAAGGGACCUUAAAGAUCAUCUAGAUCCACCCCCCUGCAUGGGCAGGGACACCUCCCAGCAGCCCAGGCUGCUCCAAGCCCCAUCCAACCUGCCCUUCAACACUGCCAGGGAUGGGGCAGCCACAGCUUCCCUGGGCAACCUGGGCCAGGCUCUCACCACCCUCACAGCCAAGAAUUUCCUCCUCAUGUCCAACCUCCAUCUCCUUCCAGUUUCAAUCCA